CUCAGCCUUGGACCAGACAAAAUGGUCAUAGACCUCACAGACCCAAAUCGCCCCCGGUUCACAUUGCAGGAGCUGCGAGAUGUAUUGCAAGAGCGUAACCAGCUGAAAGCUCAGCUUCUCGUGGUGCAAGAGGAGCUACACUGCUACAAGAGUGGGAUCAUCUCACAGAAAAAGGACCAAACCGGAGAACUGGAAAAAGAAGCCAGAGGCAGCAGCCCUGGCACCAGCAAGGACAGCGAAGAGAAGACAAUCAUCAAACGGCUGUUCUCUUUUAAACAUGGAAAAUGA